AUGGCCGACGCGCUCGCGACACAGUUGAAUAACACAAGCUUGGGAGAUAACUCAGACAAAUGGAAGGAUCAAUUAAAACUCCCUGCCAAAGAUGCCCGACCACAAACAGAGGACGUGACCGCUACCAAGGGUCUAGAGUUCGAAGACUUCUAUAUUAAACGCGAACUCAUGAUGGGCAUCUUCGAAGCCGGGUUCGAAAAGCCCUCUCCCAUUCAAGAAGAAACAAUUCCAGUAGCUCUCACGGGCAGAGAUAUCCUCGCCAGAGCAAAGAACGGCACUGGAAAAACGGCCGCUUUUGUCAUUCCUACACUUGAACGCAUCAAUCCCAAAAGCACGAAGACGCAAGCACUAAUCCUUGUCCCGACACGAGAACUCGCUCUCCAAACAUCCCACGUCUGCAAAACGCUUGGAAAACAUCUGGGAAUUAAUGUUAUGGUUACUACUGGAGGCACCGGUCUGAUGGAUGACAUCAUCAGAUUGAACGAUGCCGUCCAUAUCCUUGUGGGAACUCCUGGAAGAGUGCUGGAUCUUGCUAGUAAGGGUGUCGCGGACUUGUCCGAAUGUCCUACAUUUGUCAUGGACGAAGCGGACAAGUUGUUGUCGCCCGAAUUCACGCCGGUCAUCGAGCAACUUCUUUCAUUCCACCCCAAAGACCGGCAGGUCAUGCUCUUCAGCGCUACAUUUCCAAUGAUUGUGAAAUCUUUCAAGGAUAAGCAUAUGCGCAACCCCUACGAGAUCAAUCUUAUGGACGAGCUUACACUGCGCGGUAUCACACAAUACUAUGCCUUUGUUGAGGAAAAACAGAAAGUCCACUGUCUCAACACACUCUUCUCCAAACUACAGAUCAACCAGUCAAUUAUCUUCUGCAAUUCGACCAACCGAGUCGAGCUAUUGGCGAAGAAGAUCACAGAAUUAGGUUAUUCAUGCUUCUAUUCGCAUGCUCGCAUGCUCCAACAGCACCGCAAUCGCGUUUUCCAUGAUUUCCGAAACGGCGUUUGCCGCAACCUCGUAUGCUCGGAUUUGUUGACUCGAGGUAUCGAUAUCCAAGCAGUGAACGUGGUCAUAAACUUUGAUUUCCCCAAGAACGCCGAAACUUACCUUCACCGUAUCGGCCGUUCAGGUCGAUUUGGACAUCUGGGUCUCGCAAUCAACCUCAUCAACUGGGAUGAUCGCUUCAAUCUCUAUAAAAUCGAACAGGAGUUGGGUACGGAAAUACAACCGAUUCCGCAAAACAUUGACAAGAAGCUUUACGUAUACGACUCACCAGACACCAUCCCGCGGCCAAUCUCGAAUCCCCAGCAGCAGCAUCAACAACCUACAGCAGCUUCGCACACGAAUACCGGCGAUCGCCGUCAUGGCCAUCAUCAUUUGAAUGGCGGACAGUAUCAGUCCGGAAGAGGGCGAGGCUCAUACCGUGGAGGCCGCGGACAAGGACAACGCCGCCACAUACAAAAUGACCAGUCCACCGGCAGGUUCAACGCCUCCCAAGGUCAUCCCGGCGGAAAGUCGCAAUCCACGCCGCAGGCGUCUUAG